AUGACUGAGGCCAUCGACUUCGCCUGGAAGAUGGAGCUUCGGCGUAGAGAGCGGGAAGAAGAACGAGCCAAGAAAGCAUCGGAAAAAACAUCUUCUGGUGGAAAGAAACACUCAGAUUCGCAGAAGAGCUCCAAGCCCUCGGGUCAGAGACUCCUCAGAACCAGAACAUCGAUUGUACAAGAGAAUGCUCCUGAAGAUGGGCCAACCUUACUCAUGAACCAUCAAUCCUCCACAGAGCAAGUGAGUGCCGUUGACGAGUGGUGGAAUGCGACUCUACCCAAGAAGUCGUCCAAACAAGACUUGUUCUUGUGGAAGAAAGACGACGGAUUUAUUCCAGCAGAGCACGAGAAACUGGUGAAGAACUACGGGGGUAAAGCUGUUCCUAAAGGAUACAGGACCUUGUUCGACGAGCCUCCUCCCGACUCUGCUCCCAAGCAAAAAGGUGAUGAGGUUGCGCUUGGGGUCAAAGUUGACUGGACGGCAGUCUCAAAGAAGUUCAUAAGGAUAGAUGAAGACCCCAACCAAGACUCUGAGCCGACAACUGCGAUAGGACCUCCCGACUUUCGGGGAGUUCAUUUCCGACUACAAGGCAUGUCGGUUGGUCUUGCUGGCUCCCAGCUGAGGUUUCUCUGUCAGGAGCAUGAGCGGCUUCAGAGGGGGAGGACCAACGAGGUUGUGGGCACGAAGCGAUGUCGGCCGAGAGCUGCUGAAGAUCCAGCGAAAGCGCUUGCAUGGUCCUCAAGCGUUAAGCUGAUCCCCAGCCGUCUCAAAGCUCCCGAUGUGUCGACCAAGUGCAAAGCGAUCGCCAUGCUUGCUGAUGCGACUGAAGAGAUCCUCGAAGAAGAGCUGAUAGAGCUGAUUGAGAUGGGGAUGUUGGAGGGAAUGAUGCAGCUUUUCGAGGACGCUACUUCGCAGUCAAACGAAGAGAUCAAACAGUAUCUGCAAUCGACAAGACAAGGAAAUUCUCAAGAGAUGUCAAGACAUCUCAACUUGAUUCCCAUCUCUGUCAUGCGGAUCUUGCGUAAUGCGACUUGUCUGCUCCUGCAUAACUUCAACCUGCAACCCAGGGACGGGCAAAACAUUCGAAGGUGCCGGAAAGCUGUCUUUCCUCUCCUCUCACUCUACUUCUCAGCUCGUACGAUUGGCUUCCAAAGAAACAUGGAAGUUUUAUUGAGAUCAUGCUGUACUAUCCAGGACUGAUGAAAGCUGUUGUCGACAGUCUUUCUCAUGAGCAUCACAGUGUUCAAAACCAUGCGGCUCACGUCCUGACAAACUUCGCCACGUUUUCGGAUGAAUUCAAGAGAGAGUUUCUGGAUGACGAAUUGCUCAUGGAGACACUGAGAGUGCUUCU